AUGGGUAGCACUGAUUCAUCACCUUUUGAAACAAAUGAGCAGGGGGAAUUGAAACCUAGCAGGAGUAUGCCAACAUGGCUAGGACCACUUUUGAAGAAGACAUUCUUUGGGGAAUGUUUGGUGCAUGAUGGACUUCAAAAGAAUCAAAGGAGCAAGUACUGUAUCACAUGUGAUUCUGAUUUAUGCAGGUAUUGCAUCGCUACAAACAAACACAAUGAUCAUGACCAGCUAAAGAUUUAUCGACAUGUUUACAAAGACGUUGUUCCUGUCGAGCAGAUGAAGAAGUAUAUUGACUGCAAACUAAUUCAGGUAAAUUAA